GUCCCAACCACAGGGUGGUCAGUGCGCUUUUCUCAGCAGUAAAAAUUGUAAACAAAAAGUUUGUUUCAGGGGCAAUGGCGGCCUUGUGUCGCAUAUGCAACCAGAGUCCUGGAACCCUAAUAAACAUAUUCGAUGGGACGGCGGAUUUAAGCUUAAUUGUUUCCCAUUACACUGGCUUGGAAGUUCGACAGGGAGAUUCAUUUCCGGAGACCAUUUGCUCGAUGUGCCUGGAGGAUGCACGGAAUGCAUAUGAAAGCGGUGACCAGCACCAGGCUGAGGUCUUUGAAAUCUUGGAGUUCCAGGAUGAGGAAGGACUUCCCGAGGGCGACCCAUUAGAGGAAGGUGUCUAUCAAGUAAAGGAUGAAGAGCUUGUGGAUGAUUUGCUGAAGGAGGAGGUUUUCAAAAUACCGGACUGCGAGGAAUCAAAUGGUAUUGGGGAGUUCCAAGUUAAAAAAGAAAGGGUCCAGGAAUCUGAAUCAAGAAUCAAGAAAUUACAACCGCUUCCUGUCCAGAUAAAAAACGAGCCCGUUGAAGAUGAGCUGUCUGAUGAGGAUUUCAGCCAGGAAACCGAAAGUAUUACUCCUCCAUCGAAUUGUCUGGUAAAGAACGAGCCAGUGGAAGACGAUGUAUUCGAGGAUGAAGUCCGCACGAUAGCGGUCGAUCAAAAGAUGGAUCUCAAGCACAAGUGCUCCCGCUGUCACAAGUCCUUUCGUUUCUCCCACGACCUCAAAAGACACAUUCGGAUCCACGGAUCUUAUCGAUGUGCUACCUGCGAUAAGACUUUUACAUCACAGACUUUGCUGGACUCGCACGUCAUGACGCACGAGGAAAGACCAUUCGGCUGUACGUUCUGCCCAAAGUAUUUUACGGAGGAUUCCACGCUUCAGGAGCACAUUGCGACCCACUUGCGACCGCACAAGUGCUGUCACUGUCCAAAGUCCUUUCUUUCGGCGCACGAUCUUAAGAGGCACACGCGGAUUCACACGGGGGAACGACCCUUCUUCUGUGAGCACUGCCCGAAGACCUUUUCGGACAGGACCUCCCUGACGUCGCACCUGAGGGCCCACAAGGGGGAGCGGCCCUACAAGUGCUCCGAAUGCCCGAUGUCCUUCACGCAGCAGUGCAACCUCCAGCGGCACAAGCGCUGCCACACGGGAGAACGGCCCUACAAGUGCCUCUACUGCCCGAAGACCUUUACACAACACUCCAACCUGGGCCUGCACAUGCAAGCCCAUUCUGGAGAGCGGUUCAGUUGCAAUAUAUGUCCCAAGUCCUUUGCCUAUAAUAACGAUCUGAAACGACACCUACGCACCCACUCCGAUGACAAGAUCCAGUGUUCCUUGUGCCCGAAAUUAUUUGCCACCAAAUCGAAUCUUACUAAACACCUAGGAAGAAUACAUGCAAACCGUGCAAACGAAUAGUAGUAAUAGAUUUUAAAUAGGACAAUGUAAAUAUUUAUACAUUUUAUUAA